GUAGAGAUCAGAUCUCUAAGCAAAACAUCAAUAACCACUGAACCCUCAGCAAUUUAAAAACCCUUCAACCAUGAAAUAUAUUGCAGCCAUUGUCCUAAUGGUUCUAGUGACCAUCGGACCAGUGGUUCGAGCCCAACAAUGCGGCGGCGAUCUAGCGAAACUGCAAGUGUGUGCGCCGGUGAUAUUCAACGGCAUGGCCAACCGCCACCAGGGUCUGUCCGCGAGCUCCGACUGCUGCGCCGCCAUCCAAUCCACCCGCCAAGAUUGCCUCUGCGGCGCCCUCCGUGCCGCCACCGCUCUGCCCGGCCUCUGCAACAUAUCGCCUAUCAGUUGCGAAUACUGAUGGAGUACUUGGAGCUCAAUAAGUAAGGAAUCAACUACGGGGAAUAAAGGACAUUUGAGCUUCUACCACGACAACGAAAAUAAUAAUCUGUAAUAAAAAAGAGAUAAUAAUAUCUUAGAGAUGUACGUUUUUAUUUUCAACUCGUUUCAUUUUGUUUUUUAAAUGUGGUGUGGCCAAUUAUUAUCACCACCUUGAACUUUAUAUACUAUAAAGAUUUGCUAAUUAUGAAAAAAAAAAUGCCAUGAUUUUCGUCGUGACAAUGCCGGAGGGCCCUUUAAUCAUUGCAGGAUUUCGAUUUAAUUCAAAUUCAACCGGAUUCAAAUUUUCUAAAUCGGCUGAUUAAGUGUGUUCUGUGUGUGUGUAUACAUAUUACCCAAAUUUCAAAUCAAAAGUAAAAAUAAAAAAAUAAGGAAAGAAAAGAAAAGAAAAACAUGUCUUACGUUUGGAAUUCGAACCAAACCUUGUCACACAAUUACCGUAACAGUUACCUUUGACUUAUUCACUUAAUCGUCAACAAAGCUUCAAUGCGCGCGUGUAAUCAACGCGCUCUUCCAAGCGCGUGUUAGCGCACCCGGCAGAUCCAUGUUUCUUCUGCUAUAUAUAUGGAUAUCGCACCCAAUCUCGCAGCCUUAGCCUCUCGAAGCUCAGACCAACCGAAGCCAUCGGCAGACUUCCAAGACCACCGGCGGUUUUCCGGUAAUAUACGAUGGGCUUCUUCGGACGACUCUUCGGCAGCAAGAAACAUGAAAAAUCGGCGCCGGUGAGGGACCGACAAAGAUGGAGCUUCACCAGAUCUUCGUCUCCGGCGGCGCAUUCCAGCAAGAGAAUCGCUCCUCCCUCGUCUUCGAUCCCGUCAACUGCGGCGGCGGACGCCGAGAGGCACGCGAUCGCCGUCGCGGCCGCCCCCGCCGCCGUGGCGGAGGCAGCACUCGCGGCCGCUCAUGCGGCGGCGGAGGUUGUAAGGCUGACGAACGGAACGACAGCCGGGAGGAGCGGUGGAGGGAGUAACCGGCGGCGGGCGAAGGAGUACAAGGCGGCGGUGAAGAUUCAGUCCGCUUUCCGUGGUUACCUGGGGAGGAGGGCGUUAAGAGCGUUGAAGGCGUUGGUGAAGCUACAGGCGUUAGUUAAGGGACACAUCGUCCGGAAACAAACGGCCGAUAUGCUGCGACGGAUGCAGACGCUGGGCCGUCUC